AUGCGGGUGCAUUUUAGGAAAGACAUGGCUUUCGAGAGGACGCCAAUUGAGAAAAUAGCGAAUGAGGAACGUGGAACAAAGUUCGUAACAACGGGGACGAUGGCGGUGACGGUGAAGCUGAAGAGGUGUCCGAGAGGACUCGGUGGAAUGACCCCGCGGAUCGUAUUCGGAUCGAAAUUUGAUAUAUCCCCUCGUGUGUGUGUUUCGUUUUCAGGUGAGGUGUCGGGCGAGAACGUGUCCACGGGGACAGGACCACGCGGUGGCGACCGUGGAGAGGCGGCGGAUUUAGGUACGUACACGGAAAACAACGACGGGGCCACCCUGGCAGCAAACACAGCGAUCGACGCCAGGGGGGGAAGCCCUCAGGGCACCCAUCUGUCCGGUGCGGCAACCCCCAGACCUCCACGUGGUAGGAGGCGACAAAACCAGAAUGGUCUCGAUACUACCCAAGUUAAAACGGAACGACUCACGCCUGACAAUAACUCGACGUCGUCGAGGAGCGUAACGCCUUCUUCAUCGAGUCACCCGGGGACGCCGCCAAAUGCUACGCCCUUGGGAGGACCUGAUGGUCCACCGCCACCUCAUCAUCUCAAGCACAUGGAACAGAUGAUGGGGCGAAACUAUAGUGAUUUUAUGAGGAGUCUCGCCGCCAAGUACAACAACGCCAACCCCAACGAUUACUUUAGCACACCAAGAAACGGUUAUCCUCCGGGUUUAGACCCGAGGUUUCCAGCCUUCAAGGCUGCAGCAACGCCGUUCGUUGGUCUAAUGGCGCCGUUAGGGGCUCCGCAACCAUCGACUGUUCCGACGACCUCACCGCUCUCCAACAAAGAUCCGAAAGAGCAAAAGCAGGAUAGUCUCUUCGGCAGUCCUGUGUUUCCGCCUAUGAUCGAUAUGUCAUCCACCCAGGCUCUUUUACACAUGGUGCGAACUGCCAAUGCGGCACAAAGCGCUGCAGAAUUGGAAACAUAUCUCAAAGGCGCGAACAAAAGAGACACGGGGGUGACGAGUCCCUUGGACCUUUCGAGUCCUGGUGGUUUUGCACCUCGUAAGCGACAAAGGACGGAAACAAGGAGAUCCGAAAGCGUAUCCCCCAAGCCAAAACCUACCGCGAGACCAACCACACCUCCGCCGGUCAGGUGUCCGACUCUCUAUGGCCACAUACCUUGCGGCGAUGGGCAAGCCGUAAAUCGCUGGACCAUCGAGGAUGUCGUUAAUUACGUUUCGUCAAUCGACAUAUGCGCUGAGUACGCACAGAAUUUCCGAGAGCACCGUAUAGACGGCGCAGCACUACCGCUACUCUCGGAAAGCCACCUGACAGGCACGAUGGGUAUGAAGCUCGGUCCAGCCUUGAAGCUGCGCGUGAUGUUGGCUCGGAAACUCGGUGCCUGCACGGUAUGCUUGCACUGUGCCCACUGUCACCAAACGCCGCUACCGGCGUUAAGUGCAGCAGCCGCGGCUGCAGCCGUAACGCAACAGCAGCAGCAGCAGCAGCAACAACAACAACAGCAGCAACAACAACAGCAAACGCCGGGUCGGCGACCUAGUAGCACUGGGAACUGACAAACAAUGGCGGAGACUCCUCCAUUAGGGUCUGAGACAGCAGCAGUCGGCGUGAUUCCGACGCCGCCGUCUCCGGACCUGAACCGGGCUCUCAGGAUAGAACGGCGUAUACCUCGCCCGGUACGCAAACCAGAAGUCGUCUUCAAAAAGCCUAUCAAACAGUGACUCCCGAAUGACGUGUUCAAUCGAAGAAGACGAUUUCAUAUAUAUCAGGAACCAUGGAGACUCCGCCUGUCAAUAAUUAAGUACCCGGAAAAACUUUUAUAGAUAGAACAUAGACCGAGAGUUUUAAUCGAGACUGGACUGAAGGAUAUAAAAGAGAAAGAGUGAGAAGGGAGUUGGUAUAGCCCGUAUAGCAUGUAGCAUGUAAAGUGCUGAAUGCUUGAGAAUAAAAAUAUUUUUGAGCGUUCGUCGAUCAUCAGGAUAAGCUAAAGCCUAAACUGUAGAGACCUGAAGAACUGUUGUUCAGCGAAACUAUAACGACUGUAACGACGGAUUACGUAGAACUUAGAUGCAGCAGGAAGAUAUGUAUUAAUUAAUUACGUAUGAUAAAACUGAAAAUAGAAGAAUUGAGAAUUCAGCUUUGUAUGGUCUUCGAUUAUUGAACGAGUAAUAUUUAGAUAGAAAAACAGAGAAAUAUUUUUGAAAAUUCUAUAUAUACAUAUAUACAUAGUAACGAUAGAGUGAAACCAUUGAAUAGUUACAAUUACGAGGAAAGAUGAUCGAAGAAAGAAAGUUUAGCUGAAUCACAUGUAUAUAGAUACAUCGUUGCAAGAAUAGAUCUACGUAAGAUAAUUAAAGAAUUAGUAAAUAUAUAUUUAAUAACGA